CUCCCAGGUUGUCAGCUGCAAUAUCACGCUUGAGCCAGGCAGGUAGGUGGGACGUGUCCCCAAAAAGGGGGACAGGCAGCACUGCCAGCCCAGGGAGGGGUGCAGUGAGCACCCGCUGAGCCCCUCCGGGUGCCGGUGGCUAAGGCUGGCACCUCCAUCCAGCAGAUUUGGGGUGCUGUAGCUGGCCUAGGCAUCAAACCCUUUCGCAGCUUUAUAUUAAAAAAGGUGGUUAAGACAGCGCGGAGGCAGCGGGGAGAUAUUCCCAUUGUGAAUGCCUUUUAAUAUUCCUGUGGGCUGGCACAGAGCAACACGGUUGCUUAGCAAAUGAAUCCAUCCAGCACCACUCCCAUCCCAGGAAGGCGCCUGCUUCACCUGGGCUGCGGGAAUUAUUGCUGCCGGCACACGAAGAUGGGUGAGGGGGACCCUUGAUAAAUAAGAGAAGGAGUUGGAUGGGGUUUUCCAACCUGGAGGGGCUAAGCUGGGGGAGCCAUGGGAGAGAUGUGUAAUUGGAAAGAUGACCUAGGCAAUCAUCUGUCUCCAGCUGAGCAUGAUGAGGCUAUAAUUCUCAUGAAGGGAAGAGGAUUUGUUCUUCUUUCAUUGGUAUUCCUACAAUCCACAUCGAGAAUCAGUCUGGCCUAUUUUUCAGCAGGCAGAAAGCAUAUGAUGUUAUUUAGUGGGAUUAAGAGGUUUGAGGGAUCCUAAUUUCUCGUGGGGGGAUGUUGAGAUGGUCAGAGCAGGGCAGGACAGCCGGUGGUUCCAUGGCUGAUGGGGCUCUUCUCCGUGGAUGCUGCUCGUGGCUGUUCACACCUCGCACACCGCAGAAAAACGUGCCAGCAGAUGUAACAGGUACCAUUUCCCACCCGCUAACAGGAAACUGAGGCACAGGGAUGUGCAGGGUUGCACCCCAGGGCACGGGGAAGUUUCUUUAAGCUGUUUUCUUGCUGUGUGAAGAAAUAAGUAAGUCUGUACCCAAUAUGUUACCGCGCGAUCCCCUGUGAGGAUUUGGGAUUUUGCUCCUGGGAGGUGCCUGGUGUGUUGUUUGGUGCUCUGGGCUGGGUGAAUAAGAGCAUCCGCAGCGUCAGGCUUUCGGCUGGGCUGGGAUGAGGGGCCAGAGCGGCUCCACAGCGCGAUCCCGGGUGCCUGGGGGUUGUGAAGAUGCGGUGGGGUUGUGCGUGGCCCGGGCCAGGCAGCGUGUUGCAUUUCGCCAUCCGCACCCCAGUCCCCAGCCUCCCCCAUCCCAGCCUCCAUCCCCGGAGGCAUCCGAGUUCAUCACCCUCACAAGUGAUGGAGGAGAAAUGUCUUAGAGAAACUUGGGAUGCGGCUGCUCGGUUCAGCAGCUUUCGAUGUGAAACACAAACUUGUCCCCACUGGAGACCGCUUUUUCCAGGUGAUCCACGGCGCUUCCCCAAAUCUCCAGGUACGUGAGCACUGUGUGCACUUUUGGGGGAUAUGGAAGAAAAAUGUUAUCCGCAGCCACAAGACGAAGGGAGCUGGGAGCACCGACUCGUGCUCUUUGUCACGCAGCCGGGAGCGGAGCUGCCUGCUUGCCCUUUGAGACUGCGCCCGCUCCCUUAUCCCUUGAAAGGGUUAUCAAGAGCUGGAACAGGCUGCCCAGGGAAGGGGUUGAGUCACCAUCCCGGGAGAGGUUUAAAAGCCGUGUAGACGUGGCGCUUAGGGACAUGGUUUAGCGGUGGCCUUGCCAGUGUGAGGUUUACACUUGGACUCGGUAAUCUGAAAAGUCUUUUCCAACCUCAGCGAUUCUCUGAUUAUCGGCCUGCCCCCUGCCCUCGCAGCCACGCUGCUCUCACCACCCUGUGCCUGCUUUGUCCCAAAUCACCGGCUUUCUGCCCCGGUGUUCACCCGCCGGCGGUACCCGGCACCGGGCUGCCAGCUGAUGCACGAUGCUCUACCACCCCAGGAAGUUUUAGGGGUCAGGUCCUGCGGGAUGCGGCAGCUCCUCCGUGCAUUUCCCGGUGACGGCCGUGCCUACGGUCAGACGGUUUAGCGUGACCCUCAGUGCUGACUCCUUGCCACCCAGCACCGCUCGCCCGGAUCCUGGCAGAGCCAUUUCCCAUUAGAAACAUCAGUGUUGUGCUGCACAGCCGGAUCCUGCCCUUCCCUCAGCUCCCCUGGGAAGCUCCCGCAUUUUGCUUUGCCUGUGAGCAUCCCGGCUGUGCCGUGCCAAAGCUGGGUGCUGGUGUGGGUGCUGGCAGGCGGUGGGAGGUGCUGGUUCCUCCUCGCAGGCAGCCUCGGGAUGGGUGACACAUUAUUUUGCUCCAGGCUUCAGGGUCACACCGGCUGUCACACACUUUCCACAUCCUUUGAAAUAAGUGCUGGAUGGCAACAGCAGCACCGGGGCCGAGGCAGCCUCAGCAUGAGCAGCGCGGGGAAGUGCUGACGGCGAUUUUCCACUCCAUUUUUGGUACCAAAUAUGCAAUUAGGGGAUGGAGGCAGAGAGGGCAGUGAGCCCCAGCUCCUGCCUUCGGGGCUCGGCAGCUCGUCCCUACCCCAAGGCUCAUUUCUAGCCCGAGGUUUCCAUGCUGUGAAGGAUGGAAACCAGCUGUAGAUGAUGCAUCAGGCAAAGGGGGGUUAAAGUGGCGCAAGAUGGUUGCAGAGCGGAGGGUGGAGCGUGCGGAAACAGGAAACGUCGGCCUCCCCCUGUGUCACCAUUACUGGAACUUACUACAUCAAAGUUGCCGAAGCAGCAAUAGGAAGAGCUUAGUGGUGGGCACCCCCUCUCCGACCCUCUCGCGGCCUCUCUCCCCGCUCUCUGUGCCAACAGCUGGGAGCAGCCCCUUGGACAGCCCACGCAACUUCUCCGCCAGCACCUCCAUCAACUUCCCCUUCGCUCGCAGCCAUGCUCCUCGGACUGACAGGGCUGAUGGCAGAAGGUGGUCACUGGCUUCGCUACCCUCCUCUGGCUAUGGGACCAACACCCCCAGCUCCACUGUCUCGUCGUCUUCAUCCUCCCAGGAGCGCCUGCACCAGCUGCCGUACCAGCCCACUCCCGAUGAGCUGCAUUUCCUUUCUAAGCAUUUCCGCAGUACGGAGAGCGUCACGGACGAGGAGGGGCGGCACUCGCCCUGCCUGCGCCCACGGUCCAGGAGCCUCAGCCCUGGACGGACGAGUGGAACGUUUGAUAAUGAGGUUGUGAUGAUGAACCAUGUCUACAAGGAGCGAUUCCCCAAGGCCACGGCCCAAAUGGAAGACCGUCUGCAGGACACCAUCAGAAACUUCUCUCCAAGCAGCACUCUGCCGCUGGCAGACGGGGUGCUGGGCUUCAUCCACCACCAGAUCAUCGAACUGGCCCGCGACUGCCUGGCGAAAUCCCAGGGAGCUCUCAUCACCUCCCGCUACUUCAUGGAGCUGCAGGAGAAACUCGAGAAGAUGCUGCGAGAUGCUCAGGAGCGUUCAGAGAGCGAGGAGGUGAAGUUCAUUGACCAACUGGUGAGGAAGCUGCUGAUCAUCAUCUCCCGUCCUGCUCGCCUUCUGGAGUGCCUGGAGUUUGAUCCAGAGGAGUUUUACCAUCUCCUGGAAGCUGCAGAAGGACACGCCAAAGUUGGCCAGGGAAUAAAGACCGAUAUUCCCCGCUACAUCAUCAGCCAACUGGGGCUUGUCAAGGACCCGCUGGAGGAAAUGGUUCAUCUGGAUCACUUCGACAGUGGGAACACCAUCACACCAGAGAACGAUGAUGCCUGUGAGAGCCAGCCUUUGGCCACCGCUCCUCGGAGGAAGCCCUGCGAGGGGGACUUUGAGACCAUCAAACUGAUCAGCAAUGGGGCUUACGGGGCCGUGUACUUGGUGAGGCACAGGGAGACGCGGCAGCGUUUUGCCUUGAAGAAAAUCAACAAGCAGAACCUCAUCCUGAGGAACCAGAUCCAGCAGGUGUUUGUGGAGAGGGACAUCCUCACCUUCGCAGAGAACCCCUUCGUGGUCAGCAUGUUCUGCUCCUUCGAGACAAAGAGACACCUCUGCAUGGUGAUGGAGUACGUGGAAGGGGGGGAUUGUGCCACGUUGCUGAAGAACAUGGGCCCGCUACCUGUCGACAUGGCAAAGAUGUACUUUGCUGAGACCGUUCUCGCACUGGAGUAUCUCCACAACUACGGCAUCGUCCACCGGGACCUCAAACCCGACAAUUUGCUCAUCACCUCCAUGGGACACAUAAAGCUGACAGACUUCGGCCUAUCCAAGAUCGGCUUGAUGAACAUGACCACCAACCUCUACGAAGGGCAUAUGGAGAAGGACACUCGGGAGUUCAUGGACAAACAGGUGUGUGGCACUCCGGAGUACAUCGCCCCAGAAGUCAUCCUCAUACAGGGCUAUGGGAAACCUGUCGACUGGUGGGCCAUGGGCAUCAUCCUCUACGAGUUCCUCGUGGGCUGCGUCCCCUUCUUCGGAGACACCCCUGAGGAGCUCUUCGGGCAGGUCAUCAGCGAUGAAAUUAUGUGGCCAGAAGGGGACGAGGCUCUUCCCGCGGAUGCCCAGGACCUGAUCACGCGGUUGCUGAGACAGUGUCCCCUCGAGCGCUUGGGCACCGGGGGUGCACAUGAGGUGAAGCACCAUUCCUUCUUCCUCCAUCUGGACUGGAACGGGUUGCUGCGGCAGAAGGCUGAGUUCAUCCCCCAGUUGGAGUCUGAGGAUGACACCAGCUACUUCGACACUCGCUCCGAGAGGUACCGCCACUUGGAUUCCGAGGAUGAAGAGACCAAUGACGAGGAGUCAUCCGUGGAGAUCGGACAGUUCUCCUCCUGCUCCCAUCGCUUCAGCAAGGUGUACAGCAGCUCUGAAUUCCUGGCGGCUAACUCCAACCUCAGCCUCUCGUCCUCCGACCGGAGUCACAGCGAGGACAAAGAGGAGCGAUGGGACAGGCACUCGGGAGAUGAGGACAGGAGCCGGCUGGCGGGCACAGAGCCCCGGCUCCGCUCCUGGACGUCCUGCAGCUCCACGCCAUACACCUCCCGGCACGAGCGAAGCCGCAGCCCCGCCGCACUGCCCAGCACCUACAGCCUGGACACCAUGCCCAAGUUUGCCUUCUCCUCGGAGGAUGAAAGCCCUUGCGUGGCAUCCUCCAAGCCCGAGAGACCCAAAUUUGUGCUGGGAGACCCUGACGCGGGGACCAGCAGCGUGGUGAAGCCAUCGGCACUAUCCGCCGAUCUCGUCAGCCUGAACCGCAUCCGCCUCCGGAGCAACAGCACCGGCACCAAAAAUUCAGCUCCGCGGGGUCUGGAGCCAGGCGGGAGCCGCCGGUUGAGCAGCCAGAAGGAUGUGCCGGACAGGCAGAGAACUUCACCGGGCAGCCGCGUCCCGAAAUCUGCCUCUGUCUCAGCCCUGUCCCUCAUCAUCACAUCAGACGACUUCGGUGGCGGUGCCCUGAUGAGCCCCAUCUCCCCCCACUCCCUCUCCUCCAACCCUUCUUCCCGUGACUCGUCCCCAAGCCGAGAUUCGUCCCUCGCCAUCGCUAGCCUACGCCCCCCCAUCAUCAUCCACAGCUCGGGCAAGAAGUACGGCUUCACCCUGCGAGCCAUCCGCGUCUACAUGGGGGACAGCGACGUCUAUACUGUCCACCAUAUGGUCUGGAGCGUGGAAGAGGGGAGCCCUGCGCAGGAAGCGGGGCUGAGAGCGGGUGAUCUCAUCACACAUGUGAAUGGCGAGUCAGUGCUGGGUUUAGUUCACCGGGAUGUCGUGGAGCUGCUGCUGAAGAGUGGGAAUAAAGUGGCCCUGCGGACCACUGCCCUGGAGAACACCUCCAUUAAAAUCGGCCCUGCUCGGAAAAACAGCUCCAAAACGAGGAUGGCACGGAGGAGUAAGAAGAGCAGGAAAAGGGACAGCCAGGACAGGAGAAAAUCCCUUUUCAAGAAGAUCUCCAAGCAGUCGUCGGUCCUGCACACCAGCCGCAGCUUCUCCUCGGGUCUCCAUCACUCGUUGUCCUCCAGCGAGAGCCUCCCGGAGUCCCCCACACAUAGCCUGUCCCCGGGUCCCACAACACCCUGCCGCAGCCCCGCUCCCGACCUGCCCCCAGAUGCUGUGUCCCCGCAGAGCACCUCUCCCUCCUCCAGCACCCCAACGUCACCCGCCGGCCACGUGCGCCCCAGCUCCCUGCACGGGCUGGCGCCCAAACUGGGCGGGCAACGCUACAAAGUGGGACGUCGCAAAUCCACCAGCAGCAUCCCCCCCUCGCCCCUCGCCUGCACCCCUUCUUCCGCCCAGCGCCCACCUUCUCCCCAGCGCUCCCCAUCCCCGCUCCCUGGAUACCCCAAAACCCCUCAUUCCUUCCAGGGCAAGACCCUGUCCCCCCCCACCAUCGUCCGGCAGAGCUCACGCCCCCGCAGCGCCGACUGCCCCCGCUCCCCCCUCCUCAAACGUGUCCAGUCGGCCGAGAAAAUCGUCACCAUCCUGGCAGAGAAGAAAACCGGCGGUGGCCGCAAGCUGGGGCUGGAGAUGCCGACGAUGGACGGGGAGGCCAUUGGGGAGGGCGAAGCGCCGGCGUACCACGGGGAGCAUGGUUAUCACCCCACCAGCUCCCGGAUUGGCGAGAGGCACGACCGGGACCAGGAGGUGGUGGUCAUGCGGCGCUUGAACCUCUCUGAACGCCGGGACUCCUUCAAGAAACAAGAAGCAGUUCAAGAAGUGAGUUUCGAUGAGCCGGAGCCGGUACCGGCAAGCGAAGACGGCGGCAAGGGUGAAGCCGGGGAGGGUGUAGCUCGCCAGGACGGCGGCACGGAGCCGAAGCCGAAGCCUAGCCCGGUCCCGCAGAUCGCGGUGCAGGGCUCCGAGAGCGAUGAGCAGGAGCCGGCGGCGGCCGAGUGGGAAUGCCAAGGCUCCUACCCCAUCGGCAACGCCGAGCAGCCCGACGGCGGCAUCUCCUCGCCGCGGUGGGAUGGGUGCGAGCGUUGGGACCGCGGCUCCCAGCAGCACCGGAACUGCGGGGAGAGGGCAACCAGCCAUCGGCAACCACCGCGGGUGCCGCCGGUGCCACCGGCACGGGGCCAGGAGCCGGUGGGUGCUCAGCUCCCAGCACCCCGGGGCAGCGCAUGGAGCGGGGCCAAACACGCCUGAGCCCCACGCCGGCACCCCGGGGACGGUUCAGGCUCCCCAUGGCACCCCGCCACCUCCCCAGAAAACCCAUCCUGCGUGGCAUAGCCAUGAGAGAAGUGUCCCCAGAGCUGUUUUGGACGUCGGCGCUGGCCGGGGUGGCUGCGCCCCGGCACUUCGCCUCCCCCGAAGGCUUUUUGUACUCCCUGAAAGAUGCUCAUAUUUUUAUAGAGACAUGGGAGCUUUUCCGGCAGCGCUGUUUCCCCGGCAGGGCCCCAACCUUUGUGUAUAGAAAAGACUGGAUGCAAAUAUUCGUUAAUUAAUUUAUUACUUUUUAUAAGCUAAUUGGGCAGUGCAGGACUGUCACAGGGUCCAACCUGGCCCUGGGGGGGGUCCAAGGCUUUUCCAUGUGUCUCCUAGCCGGAUGACACGCUGUUUUCUAACCUUGCAAAAACCCACUCACUUUUCCCCACUUUUUAACUUCAGUUUUAGCUGAAAACACCCCAAAUCUCCUAAGAAACCCCCGGGGGGCAGGGGAGGGGGCUGGGUAGUUGUAAUAUUUAAAAUUUAAAAAACCAAAACCCCACAGCAACAUCCCCCAGACACUGGCAGCCCAAGCUGGGAUGCAUAUGGGCGACUUUAUAUGCAUAUGGUUUAUGGUAUAAUGAUGCAUUCAUUUUAUAAACGUAUAGCGGAUGUAAAGGUUUUAAUUUAUUUUUUUUCGGAGCCAUUUGGAGCCACCCGGCUCCGUCAGCCCUUCCAGGCGGGAGAAGCAGAGACCUCCCCGUGGGAUCAGCAACUAAAUGCGAAGGAUUAACAGGAUUUUUAGGGUCGGUUUUCGCUCUUUGCAUUUCUUCUGCCACCACAUCCCACGGUUUUCAUCCAUCGGUGCAUAUGGACAUCUGUAAAAAGGCAGUAUUUUAAAUAUUUUUUUUUAAAAAACCCAACCCAGCAAGCACCUGUGCUGCUGCUUCGUUUGCAAUUUGGAAAUUUCACACACACACCCCCCCCCGCCCCGCCGCUUUUUAUCCAACAAACUACAGCUCAGCCCAGCAUUUCCCUCCCGUUUCUACUGUUUUCUAUGAUAUAAACGUUUCCAUUUGAUAAUGCAUGUACUGGCUUCCCCCCUCACCGCAGUUUGCUGUCCCGGUGCUUUGAGCACCGUGCCGGUGAUGGCGGGGGGGGGGGGACUGGCCCCGGUUUGCCCACCCCCCUGCCAUCGAGCAUCACUGUGGCGCCGACAGGCACCUUUCCAACCCCAAAGCAACCUGGCAGAUUUUUUGGCUGCGUCUUGACUAUUUUGUGAGCGUGCGGUUUGUGUCAGGCUCCACAUCCUGCUUCUGCCCCACUGUUAAACUGGUGCUGUUUAACCCCCCCCCCUCCCCAAAAAUGAGCAGGCGGAGCUGCUCAGCAUUUCCUUUGCUUCUUCCUCCACCAUCUGUACUAAGGUUUUGAGAAGGAAGCAGGGUUUGGAGGAGACACCGGGCACCCCCAGCCCACCAGGAAAGCAGGGCUUGGCCACGCACCAGUAGCAUGGAUAUGGUGGGAAAAUGAGUUUUUUCAUGGAAAUGUCUUAAAAAAUGGGACCGUGUCUUCCUGCCCAGCGCUCGGCUCUGUUCUUACUGUCGGGAAGUUUUAUGUUGUAAUUAAAAUUGUUCCUUGCAAUGCGA